AUGCUACCAAAGAACUACCAGCAUAUCCUGGCCUUUGUGUUUGCUGUCCAUGAGAUCAACAAUAAUCCAGAGCUCUUACCCAACAUCACUCUGGGUUUUCGCAUAACUGACAACUACUACUUCGGGAGAAUGACCUACGCGACCACACUGCAGUUGCUGAGUGAACGAGGGAGAUGGGCUCCUAAUUAUAGGUGUGGCACACAAGAACAACUGUGGGCCAUUGUUGGGGGGCUCAACUCUGAAACCUCCAUUCAGAUGUCAAAAAUCACAGACAUCUACAAGUUGCCACAGCUCAGUUACGGUUCCUUUGAUCCAGCACUGAGUGAUAAAACCCAGUUCCCUUUUUUCUAUCGGAUGGUACCAAAUGAAGAGUCACAAUAUAAAGGAAUAAUCCAACUCCUCCUGCAUUUCCAAUGGAAGUGGAUUGGCCUAGUUGCUCCAGGUGAUGACAGUGGAGAAACAUUUGUGCAGAGCAUGAUGGUGCAACUCACUGAGCAUGGCAUUUGUGCUGCUUUCACUCAGUGGAUCUCAGUAACAUUCACAAGAACUGAAAAACGUCUUUCGGUGCAGAUGGAAAAAAUAAAUAGUUCGUUCUCAGAGGGCAAAGUCAAUGUGAUUAUCGUAAAUGGGGAUUUACGGAUCCUAGUAUGGCUAUCUGUAUGGCUAGAUGUAUUUUACCAAGGUAAAAAAGGAGGUUAUACUGGGAAGGUUUGGGUCAUGACCGCGCAGUGGGAUUUUACAGCUGUGAAUUCUCAGAGUGUCUGGUUUCUAAGACCCUUUCAUGGUGCUUUGUCUUUCACAAUUCAUGCCAAUGAAGUGCCUGGAUUCCGGGAUUUUCUUGAGACUCUGGAUCCUCAACAUCCCAAUGGUGACAUCUUCCUCCAGGAUUUUUACAAGGGUGCCAUUGAAAAACUUCAUUAUUCCUAUCCGGACUUCUUAGAUGUCCACAUCACUUGGACAAGACUGAUGGAUCUGCUUCCAGGAGCCAUGUUUGAAACUAGCAUGACAGGGCAAAGCUAUAGCACUUACAGUGCUGUCCAUGUUGUGGCUCAUGCAUUAGAUGAAAUGUACUCAUCCAGGCUUGUUCAGAGAAAGCUGAGAAAAAGGGAGAGAUGGAAAUUGUGGAGUAUGCCACAAUGGCAGCUUCACCAUCUUUUGAGAACCAUCAGGUUUAACAACAGUGCUGGGGAUGAAGUCUCUUUUAAUGAAAACCAAGACUGGGUGACUGGAUUUGACAUUGUGAAUUGCAUUGUAUUCCCCAAUGAGUCCUUUACUCGAGUGAAAGUUGGAAGGAUGGACCCCCAUGCUGGGAUGAGGCAGGCAUUUUUGAUUAAAGAUGAUGUAAUCACAUGGAACAAGGGAUUCAAUCAGACACAGCCUCACUCUGUAUGCUCUGAAAGAUGCCAUUCUGGGUAUAGAAAAAAGGAGCAGGAGGGGGAGCCAGUUUGCUGCUAUCAGUGUAUUCAAUGUCCAGAGGGGAUGAUUUCAAACCAGUCAGAUGCAGGUCACUGUGACAAAUGCCCAGAUGAGAAGCAUCCCAACCACAAACAAGAUCAGUGUAUUCCAAAAACCAUACACUUCCUCUCAAUCAAUGACCCUUUGGGGAUUAUUUUUUUUCUCUCCUCCCUUGGUUUGUCCCUCAUCACAAGCCUGAUAUUGGUAACAUUUGUUAAAUAUCAAGACACCCCAAUCAUCAAGGCCAACAACAGGGAUAUCACCUACAUUCUCCUCCUCUCCCUCCUGCUUUCUUUCCUCUGCUCCUUGCUCUUUAUUGGACAGCCAAGCAAAGUCACCUGCCUUCUUCGACAAACAACAUUUCUUCUUGUUUUCUCGGUUGCAGUUUCUGCUGUGUUGGCUAAAACCAUCACUGUGAUUCUGGCUUUUGAGGCCACCAAACCAGGAAGCAAGAUGAGGAAAUGGCUGCGGAAAAGAGUCACAAACUCCAUUGUCCUCGGCUGUUCUCUUGUUCAACUGGGAGUCUGUACUGUCUGGAUAGCAAGAAAUCCUCCCUUCCCAGAGUUAGACAUGUAUUCUGAAAGGAGAGAGAUCAUAAUUCAGUGUCAUGAAGGGUCACUCACCAUGUUUUAUUGUGCUCUCUGCUACAUGGGCUUCUUAGCCAUGGUCAGUUUUCUGGUAGCUUUCUUAGCAAGGAAGUUACCUGAUAGCUUUAAUGAAGCCAAAUUUAUUUCCUUCAGCAUGUUGGUGUUUUGCAGUGUUUGGGUGUGCUUUGUUCCCACUUACAUGAGCACUAAAGGAAAAUCAAUGGUAGCUGUGGAGAUCUUCUCCAUCUUGGCCUCUGGGGCAGGAUUGCUCGGCUGUAUCUUUUUUCCAAAAUGUUAUAUUAUAAUCUUAAAACCUAAUCUUAACUCUAGAAGACAUGUUAUGUCAAAACAGAGUUAA